GGGGUUUGGUCAAGCGAGAAGCAGCUGUCCUCCAAUAAGAUUGUGCCACCUCAACGCCAGCAUGCUCACGUAGAGCACCAGAACCUUCUUCCUCCUCCUCCUCCUCGGGGUACACCAGAAUCGCUCCCUUCCCAUUUCCAGAAGCAUCGAUCAUCGAUCGUGGAUCGCGGAGAGCAUGGCUCCCACACAAGUGUACGUGCCUAGGCCUCUGCAAGUGUGGAGAGCAGUGGUGAAUUGGCUCGGAUUCUUCCUCCAAAUCUUCCUCCAGAUCUUCAGAGGUACCCCAUCUCUGCCUCAGCUCCUCUCCUACAUCGGCCUUCGCCACCCUCUUCUCCCCUCCUCCGCUUCCUCCUUCAGGCCCUUGCCUGUGAUCGAGCUUCCGCUGCACGACUCCUCGCCAGAGCCGCCCUCUGUUCCUCUUUCUUCGCCGCCCUCUGCUCCUCUUUCUUCGGCGCUGCCCGUUAGAGUCGUUGAACAUAGUCCUUUCGGUGGUGGCGUUGGCGGCGAUGAUGACGGUGGUGAUGAUCGUCCCUUGGAGAAGCUGACGGUUGUUCUUGACUUGGAUGAGACUCUGGUAUGUGCAUAUGAAACCUCUAGCUUGCCUGCCCAUUUACGCACCCAGGCAAUAGAAGCUGGACUGAAGUGGUUUGAGUUGGAAUGUGUAUCUUCAGACAAGGAAUGUGAAGGAAAACCAAAUAUCAGUUAUGUAACAGUGUUUGAACGACCUGGUUUACAAGAAUUCUUAGAACAGAUCAGUGAAUUUGCAGAACUUGUUCUUUUCACUGCUGCUCUUGAAGGCUAUGCUAGACCUCUUGUUGACAAAAUUGAUGCGGGAAACAGAUUUAGUAAACGGCUUUAUCGGCCUUCAACAGUUAGCACAUUCAAAGAGUCUAAAGAAGGUACUGUUGCCAGUGAUUCAUCCAAUGGUAAGGAUAGCUUGAAAGUGCUAGAGCUCUUUUGGUGUUCAGUAGAGUAUUUAAGAGAAUAGUUUGAGGUGCUGCAAACCUUUGGUAAUGGAAAGAUAUUAAUGUAUGUGGAAAGAUGAAUUCACCUGCUGACAUUAUUGCUUCUUACUGUAAUUCCUUUAAUAGAAAAGACAUAUACAUCUUACUAGAGUUGUCAAAUAGGGUCAUAUUUGUUUAUAAAUGGUUCAAUUGGUUGUAAAUAUCUGAGAUAGUAGUUAUUAGUAAAACUUCUUACUGAAAAAGAAAAAAAAAAAGAGAAAAACAAGCAAAAUGUAGAAGUACCAAAAUGUCCUAUGAAGAGUAGACAAAUGCACCAAGCGUUACAAAAAUCUGAGGCAUGGAGCCCAAGGAAAUCAGAAGCACAAGCACAGAUAAAAAAACAACAGAAAGAUUUUGUCCUCUUUGGGACUGGUGAUCCUAAAAUGUGAAAAAAUUAUCUGGACAAGCCUUAGUGGUUGAUUCGCUAAAAUGUGAGAUGAAAUUUACUGUCUGCAUUUGAAUGCUCGUGUUUGAAAACUUGUUUAUCAGGUUCCGGAUAAGAUUUGAUUCUGAUCCAUGGUCUUGGCUUACUGUGAAAUGUACUCUUCUGUUUGAGUUUGAACAAUCAUGUUUGAAAGGUUGUUCUUGAGAUUUUUUCCUCUCUUUUAGGUGCUUCUAUAUUAUUAUUUACUUAUUUGGUUGUUAUUAGAAUCUGAUUCCAAGUCACUUGGGCUGAGGGUGGGAUAUUGAACCAAUAUGCUUCAUAAAAAUUGGACUCUGGAGUACAACAAACCACAUUAGUCAAUUUUCAGAGCAUCUUUACUUUUUGGUUGGUAUCAAUUUGAUGUAGUGCAGGCAAGGAUUGCCUCAUUUUCCAAAACCUCUCUUAUAAAGGCGUGGGGCUCCUUAUUCCAAUUCUCUUGCAAAGGCAUGGGCCUUCACAUUCAUGAAUUCUAUUGUGCAUGUGCAAAAGAAGUUCAGAAAACAAUCAAAAUGUCAACUUUUUUAGUUGUUAUGUUUGCUAGGGGCAAGGAUCAGAGGAGAAUGCUUCCAUAGAAAUAGACCUAGGUGACUGAUGCAGAGAGAUGCCUUCAAAAUGCUAUCUGCUGUGUGACACAUUCUAAUCAUACAAAAGGAAAGAUCUUUGAACAGUUAAACUGGUUAUGUAUCAUGGGUCAAUUAUGUUUUAUGGACUUUGAUAGAGCCAGACUAAUUAUGCUUUAUGGUUUGAACUGAUGGGAAACCUAAGUAUGACACCAUGUGAGACAAACGGUGGGAACUAUAAGAUGCAGGAGUCCAAGGACUGGAGUGGGGCUAGAAUUUUGCACUCAAGCAAAUAUUAGUUAGUCCUCUAGAACCAAAAAGGGGAAAGAAAAACAGAGAGAUACUGCAGGACUUAAUGCAGGUAGGAAAAAA